AUGGCUCCCAGCGCCAUCGACGAGCAUACCAACGGCAACGCCAACGGCACACUCAAUGCCAAAGCAGCCGCCUUCACGCCCAGCUCCCAGACUUCCACUUCAUCGGCCGCAUAUCAUGCCGACUCUUCAACGUCCGCCAUGGAGGCCGAGAGCUCGUUCGCUGCUCACAACUACCAUCCACUUCCGAUCGUCUUCGCCAAGGCCUCCGGAUGCUCAGUAUGGGAUCCGGAAGGCAAGCACUACCUCGACUUCCUCUCUGCCUACUCCGCCGUCAACCAAGGCCAUUGUCACCCAAAGCUCAUCCAGGCAUUGACUGAGCAAGCUGGCCGUCUAACACUUAGCAGUCGUGCCUUCUACAACGAUGUCUUUCCCAAGUUUGCCGAGAAGAUCACGAAGAUGAUGGGGUUUGACAUGGUAUUGCCCAUGAACACUGGUGCGGAGGCUGUCGAGACUGGUGUCAAGAUCGCAAGAAAAUGGGGCUACAAGGUGAAGGGCAUUCCCAAGGACAAGGCUUUAGUGUUCAGUGUGCAGGAAAACUUCCACGGCAGGACAUUCGCCGCGAUUACAAUGUCGACAGACCCUGAAAGCAGAGACAACUACGGCCCAUAUCUGCCAGGUGUGGGUGCGGUAUGUCCAGCAACAAAGAAGGCGAUACCCUACAACGAUAUCAAGGCAGUAGAGGAGGCAUUCGAUGCACACGGCAAGGAGACGGCAGGUUUUCUGGUCGAGCCGAUACAAGGCGAGGCAGGUAUUGUGGUACCAGACGACGACUACCUGAAGCGCGUACGAGAACUCUGCGACAAGCACAACGUCCUCAUGAUCUGCGACGAGAUCCAAACCGGUAUCGCUCGAACAGGCCGACUACUAUGCCACGAAUGGAGCGGCAUUAAACCCGAUCUCGUACUCCUGGGCAAAGCAAUCAGCGGUGGCAUGUACCCCGUCUCCUGCGUUCUCGGCCGCAAAGACAUUAUGCUCACAAUCGAGCCCGGUACCCACGGCAGCACAUACGGCGGCAACCCUCUCGGCAGUGCCGUGGCAAUAAAAGCCCUCGAAAUCGUAGAGGAGGAACAGCUCACCGAGCGCGCGGACAAGUUGGGUGAACUCUUCCGCCAAGGUCUCCGGGACAUCCAGUCCCGCGAUCCGAUGAUAAAACUCAUCCGCGGCAAAGGCCUGCUGAACGCCAUGAUAAUGGACGAGACGAAAAUGAACGGCCACAGCGCCUGGGAUCUAUGCAUGUUGAUGAAGGAGAAAGGACUACUGGUAGGCCGCGCCCUGAAGAUCGCCCACGUCAAGAACACCUCUUCCUCCACCAGCAAUGGACAUGGUUCUGGCGGGGCGGUUCAAGAAACAAGUUUGCUGGAUCAAGACGCUGACGCGUCUUCUUCGCAGGCCAAACCUACGCAUCAGAACAUCAUCCGCAUGGCGCCGCCGCUUGUGAUCAGCGAGGAACAGAUUAAAGAGGCGCUGAGGAUUAUUGAGGAGAGUAUGAAAGAGCUGCCAAGUAUGCCGGCGAGCGCGGAGAAACACUGA